AGGAAACAAAAUGGCUGCUCCCCUCUUUAUGGGAUUUGAUUCAAGUACGCAGCAGUUGAAAGCACUAGUUAUCGACAAAGAUCUUAAAGUUGUGACAGAGGCUUCCGUGCACUUCGAUAACGAUUUUCCGGAAUUUAAAACGCAGGGCGGCGUUCAUCAACACAAGGAUAAGCUAACUGUUACAGCGCCAACGUUAUUGUGGGUGAAAGCGUUUGACCUUGUUUUAAAAAGACUGAAAGAAAAUGGUCUGGAAUUCGGAGCUAUUGCUUGUGUUUCUGGAACAGGACAACAACAUGGCAGUGUUUAUUGGAAAAAUGGAGCAAGAGAGACAUUGAAAAACUUGCAAAGUGGAAAAUCUCUUUAUGACCAAUUCCAGGAUUCAUUUGCUAUCAAGGACUCUCCCAUAUGGAUGGAUUCAAGUACAGGAAAACAAUGCCGAAACUUAGAGGAUGCAGUUGGUGGCCCACAAAGACUUAGUGAUAUUACAGGCUCAAGGGCUUAUGAACGCUUCACAGGAAAUCAAAUUGCCAAGAUAUAUGAGUUGAAACCUGAUGCAUACAACAUGUGUGAGAGAAUUUCCCUGGUUAGCAGCUUUGCUGCUAGUCUUUUGAUUGGUGACUAUGCACCAAUUGAUUUUAGUGAUGGAUCUGGAAUGAAUCUGAUGAAUAUCCACAGUAAAACUUGGGAAGACAAGUGCCUAGAGGCGUGUGCACCAAAUUUGAGGGAGAAGCUUGGAGACUUGGUACCUUCCUAUGAAAUAAUUGGCCAUAUAUCACAGUACAUGGUGCGAGAAUAUGGAUUCAGUCCUGAUUGUAAGGUUGUGGCAUUCACCGGUGACAAUCCUGCUUCUUUAGCCGGGAUGAGGCUAGACAAAGGGGACAUUGCAUUGAGUCUGGGUACCAGUGACACACUCAUGCUAUGUUUCAAAACUCCCAAGCCUGCCCUAGAGGGGCAUAUAUUUGUCAAUCCAAUUGAAGAAAAUGCCUACAUGGCUCUUCUCUGUUUCAAGAAUGGGUCCUUGACAAGAGAGUCCAUACGAGACUCUUCAGCAGACAACUCCUGGGAAAUUUUCAAUAAAGCUUUGAAGAACACUGAUCGUGGCAAUAAAGGAAACAUUGGCAUCUAUUUUGCAGCCACAGAAAUAACACCUUUUGCUGUUGGAAUUCAUCGUUUUAAUGAUAAGGGGGAAAGAGUUGAUUCAUUUUCAAAAGAAAUAGAAGUGAGAGCACUUGUUGAGGGACAGAUCAUGGCUAAGAGAGCUCAUGCAGAAGCCCUAGGGUACUCAUUAGGUUCAACUACACGCAUACUUGCAACAGGAGGUGCAUCAUCAAAUCUUGCCAUACUUCAAGUAAUAGCUGAUGUGUUUUAUGCUCCUGUCUUUGCCAUCCAAGAUACAGCCAAUUCAGCUUGUCUGGGUUGUGCAUACCGUGCUAAGCAUGGCUGGGAGCGUAGUAAUGGCAGGUCUUUUAUGGAUGUGGUUAGUGGAGCACCACCUUAUAUAAAAGUAGCAGAGCCCUUGUGUGAUGCUCAGAACAUCUACAACCCACUAACAGCCAGGUACAAGGAGUUGGAAGACAAUAUUGUGGACAGUUCUCAUCAUCAAGUGAAGAAGCCAAGGGUGUAAACCUCACCUAAUGUUCAAGUCUUUGCCAAGCAUUUGGCAAUCAGUCGAAAAUCACAAUCUGGCAGCCACAAAGCAAUUUGAUGUUAUCAAUACAUUAAUACAAUAUCAGCAGUGAUAAGAAUGAAGAAAAGUAUGGAUUAGUAGUUGUCCCAAUACCUAAUUCUCAGAACUAAUAUCACAAGAAUUGUAUGGCAGACAGUAAAGAGAAUUGCUUAAAUAAAUGAGAUAAGGGGA